CCCGCCGCCCCUCAGGUGAGGCCGGCACGCCGGGCCCUGGCUCCCGAGCUGCGCGGCCGGCUCCGUGUGCUGUGCGGGGAGCGGUGCGGGGGCGAAACCCGCCGCCGUCCCGGGUGCCUCGGGGUGUAAAGCUGUCCCGCCACUGUGGCUCCCUCAUAACAGCGGCCCCCAGGUACCCAGGUACAUCCGUAAGCCACCAAAGAAAACACGGUCAGUUCAUCGAAAGAUACCAUUUCUUGACACCUGAAAUGGCCUGGCAGAAAUUUUAGUUUGGAAACGCAGAGGCAUGUUGUCAAAGGGGAGCCAGCAGCUGGUACGGAUACGAAGAGAUGAAAAUUUCUCUCCCCACAACACGAAGCAUGAGGAAGAGCGGUUCCCAGUUGGCAUGGCAAUGUGCUGUCCAAAGGGGAGUAUGACCAGGGCAUCAUUCCUGAGAGAAAAGAAGAGCUUUCUAACUGGGCAAAGAUGGCAAUAAUUUCAAAUUUACAUUACAGAAUGUAAUUAUGUUAUGUAUCGUGCAUAAGCAAUACAGGAACCGGAUCCUGCAGCAGAAGGGGAAAAUCCCACCGCCCGCGGGCCGAGGAGUGCAGUGCCAUGGCGGGCUCGUGUCAUGGCGGUUCUGGCGAGGGCUGGCAGGCCGCGGGCCAGCGGGGCGGAGGCCUGGCCUCACCUCAGCCUCCCCUCAGCCUCCCCUCAUCCGGGGAGUAAAGCUGCGGUGGCAGUGCUGCUGCAGAGUAUUGCUGGUCACAGCAGGGACCAGCCUGAGCUCACCCCCCUCUGAAGGCUGGAACAAAGUUCUGACAAGAUGUGUGAUGCAAAAAGUCAAUCAUUAAUACUUGUUGGACUGCUUUUCAACUGCCUAGAAAUGAUCUUUUCAGCUAACACAGGUUUCUCUGUGUCUAUAUUUGAUGUGACAUCACGAAGCAUUUACCUCAUAUGGCCCAAGUUUUCAGGAGCCUCUUCUUACAGAGUCACAGCUACAGCUGUGAAUACUGUAGGCCAUUCAUUACUGGCUCAUUUUAGUGAUGGUACACUUAAAGGAACACUAACUUCGUUAAUUCCCAAUACUAUUUAUGCUAUACAAGCAGAAGCCAUAGACAAGAAUGGAAUUAUUCUUGCAGAAACACAGAUUAUGCAGUCAACAGCUCCAGACAUACCUGUUAUUGACCAAGCUUACUCAAAACUUAGCAACAGUAUCACAGUGGAAUGGAGAGCAGUACCUGGGGCUACUAGUUAUCUGCUGACUGCACAAGAUGGAGAUUCCUUCAUUGAAACUGUAGUUACAAACUCUCCAGGCACAGUGACGGGACUGAAACCUGCCACCUUGUACAGAAUCACUAUCAGAUCUAUAAAUUCAGGAGGAAAAAGCCAGCCUUCACCUUUCAGAAAAGCAAAAACAGUCCUGGCUGCUCCAGUUCUGUCUGUUAGUUCUCCAAGUUGUGACUCCAUUGCAGUGAGCUGGAGAGCUGUGUACAUGGCAGCUGGAUUCUCUGUGUCCCUCAUGAGAUCAGAUGGUUUGGGCAGAAUGCUGAAGGAGAACACCACCAAUACGUCCUUGAUAUUUAAAAAUCUAGAUCCAGGAACUCUCUAUACUAUCAAGGCGUAUGCCUGGAAUGUAAAUGGGAUUCCUGGAGAUGAUUUCACGUAUAAUCAAAGAACAAGUCCUAAUGCACCAGCGGAUGUUAAAGUAGCUUUUAAUAGUGGCACUUUAAGAGCUAUUGUUUCUUGGAUGCCAACAGAAGGAGCUCUAACUUACAGUGUGACAGCCUCCAGUGGACUCUUGAAACUGAAGUGUAACACAUCUUCUGCCUCCUGCAUGGUGCCAUCGCUCCAGUGCGGCUCUGAAUAUUAUGUCUCUGUCACAGCAUACAAUGAUGCUGGAGCCAGUAAACCUACUGAUGCAGUAAGCUUAAAAACUAUUCCUUGUGCACCGGUAAAUAUAUCAAUUGAAGAGGGUGAACCUGGCCGCUUGUUGGUAUCAUGGUCUCACGUCAAUUUCGGACAUUAUUACGUGGUUUUUGUGAAGAGUGAUGAUGGCUUGGAAGUGCACUGCAACACAUCACGUACUCAAUGCCAUUUCCAGUCAGACUGUGGCUUCACUUAUUUCAUCAGUAUCUUUGCAUAUAACAAGGCAGGGCAGAGUCCUUUAGGUGAUGUAUUCAAUUACACUACCGCCCCGUGCUGCCCCAGCGACUUCAGGGCCGUGGUGGCCUCCAGCGACACCGUGCGGGUGACCUGGGCCCCUGUCCGGGGUGCUGAAAUCUACCAAACCAGCGCGGCCGGCCGCGGCGGGCUGCGGCUCUGCAACGACACCGCCACCGCCUGCACCCUGUCGGCCCUGCAGUGCGACACCCGCUACAGCAUCACGGUUUAUUCCUUCAGCGAGGCCAGGGGCAGCAACACGUCCUGUGCGUCAAAGGACGUGGCAACAGCUCCCUGCAGUCCUGAAAUUAAAAGUAUCUCAAAGGAGGCGCUUUCGGUAGUCAGCGUGCACUGGCAAUCUAACAACGAAGCAGCUACAUACAUUGUCACUGCCAGAGGAGAGGCUGGACUUUGGCAUUGCACGAGCUCUGGAAAUUCCUGCACCCUAAUUAAUCUUCCCUGUGGAUCUGCUUUCUCGGUUAGCGCUAUAGCAAGAUCACCAGCAGGACAGAGUUUACCAAGCUACAGUGUCCCUUUAGAGACAGCUCCUUGUUGCCCUAAAGACCUGAUACUAACUCAAGUGACACAGUCUGUAACAAAUGUCAGCUGGUCUGUUGGGAUGGGUGCACGGACAUACAUAACAGCACUGGAGUCUCCAAAAGGACAGGCAAAGUGUCACACCCUUCAAAACUACUGUCUCCUGGGAUGCAUCGCAUGCGGCACCAAUUAUACUGUAUCUCUGAAAGCAAUCAGUGAAACGGGUUUGACAUCCAGUUGCACAUAUCAAGGAUAUUCUUCCAGUGCUUGCUGCCCUUCUGGAGUGAAGCUAUAUAGACUUGGCAAUAAUGGUAUCAGGGUAUACUGGCGAGCUUCUGAUGAAACGAUAAACUACAAUACUGAUUUACAUGGCUCAAAAGGCAAUUUCACCUGUACCCCUCGCUCAGGUCUAAGCCACUGUGAUAUCACCGAGAUACCUUGUGGAGACGUCUACACAGUGGUAGUAUCUCCAGUUACUGAUAAGGGGAUGAAGCUUACAUUUUGUCCUAAAAAAAUAUAUUCAGUAACCUGUUCUGGAAGCUCUGUUGGAAUGGUGAUUUAUAGAGGAAAAAGCAAUGCAGAACAACAAAUCUAGAGGAAAAUGCUGGUUCAAAUAAAGAGCUAAAAUUGCUCAUUCUCCAACAAAAAGUACUGGUGUUCUGGACUAUUUACUGCCCUUGUCUCAAAAGGAUGGCAAGAAGUCACUGCGGACUUUUUUUUCCUCCCCAAGGUUGAUCAUCUCUGCUGCUGUUCUCCUACAGCUGUCCUGCAUGUUAAGGUUCUUGGUAACACCAUCCUCCCCAAAUGCUCCUCUCAGUCUUUCUUUCCCUGAAGAUGGAAAGAUGACAUCGGUGCUUAGCUGCAUCAGUCACAGCUGCUUGAAGACUGGGAGGAGGGAAGCUGAACAGCUAGCCAUAUCCGAGAUCUAACCCAGGACAUCACACUUGGGCCCCCAACUGAUGAGAUAAUUUUUAAAGUGCAGAUGAACACUGAUAGAGAUCUCCGUAGUCUUGAACUGUAAUUUUCCCUGUAAAGCAAUCUGUUCUAAAAGCUCUUCCAAGACAGUUAUGAAUCAGUAGGUGUGUUCUAGACCUAAUGUAUCAAUGAAAUAGUAAAGGCUGAAAAAACAA